GGGCAUCAUCCUUAUGGAGUCAACGACGGAAGAAGGAAAUUCUUAUUGGUGGGGUGGAGAAGGAGAGUAGAAACCUGCCACAAGAUUGUGAGGGGUACCUCCAGAGGGGGAAUAACAACGGAAGAAAAAACCUACUUGAACAGAUGGAGCAACAGGAACCGGUCCUACGAGUGGAUAGAAAAGAACAGAAUGUGGAUGGUGGGAGUCUCCUUGUUAGUAAUUUUAAUUGCCAUCAUUGAUUCCUACCUACUGGACAGAUCGAUCUUUCUUUGCCUCCUGUACUGUAUCUGUCUAGCCAUGCUGCUAACAGUUUCCCUAAUCAAGAAAUUAAUUCACAUGGUUCACAUCCCAUUUGGUGAGAAGCUAUUAUCGCAGGAUUGGUUGGAUUUUCUUUGUGUUUAUUUUAUUCGCAUGGUGAAUCAUUUUCACCGUGGGUGGUAUGAGAGUGGCGAGGGAGUUCCUCGACCAUCUUAG